GGCCCAACAGGCGGGCGAGCGAGCGAGCGAGCAUGGCGGUGGCGUUGGACGCCGUUUGGCUGAGAGUGAAGAACGUCUGCAAACAAAAUGGCCUCCUCAUCAUGUCGGUGCUGGCCGUGGUCAUCGGAUGCCUCCUGGGAUUCUUCCUCAGAACGCGGCGACUCUCCGAGCAGGUCACGACCCCCGCGACGCGCUGGCAGAAGUGAAAUAUUUCCAGUUUCCCGGUGAGCUGCUGAUGAGGAUGCUGAAGAUGUUGAUUCUGCCUCUCGUCGUGUCCAGUUUGAUGUCCGGCCUGGCGGCGCUGGAUGCCAAGUGCUCCAGUCGGCUGGGCCUGAUCACCGUGUCCUACUACCUGUGGACCACCUUUGUGGCCGUCAUCGUGGGCAUCGUCAUGGUGUCCGUCAUCCACCCGGGCGGCGCCGCCCAGAAGGAGGACUCGGAGGACAGCGGGAAGCCCAUCAUGAGCUCGGCGGACGCACUGCUUGACCUCAUCCGAAACAUGUUUCCAGCCAACCUGGUCCAGGCUACCUUCCAACAGGUGACACAUACCGUAGAGAGCGCUUGUGAGCCAUUUUGUCUCCCAUCUUGUCGGUCAUUCGGUCCACGUCGUCCUCCGUCUCGUCCGCCAUCGUGUCCGCCGUGUUGGUCCGCCGCGUUGUCCCGAAGGCCUCCGCCACGUCUCGCGUGUCGCUGUGUACUUCUCCGUCAGUAUCGGACCAGCAGCGAGUACACCCUGCGGACCGAGACCACGUCGGCGGCCCAGACGCGACCGCUCAUCUACGGCAUCCGGGACGACAACGGGAGCGACGUCCGCAACUUCUCACUGGACCUGACUCCGCCUCCGGACGUGCUCGUAAGAACCCAGGAGGGAACCAGCGACGGGAUGAACGUACUCGGCAUCGUCAUCUUUUCGGCCACCAUGGGCAUCAUGCUGGGCAGGAUGGGCCCAAACGGGAGCGCCUUGGUCAACUUCUGCCAGAGUUUGAACGAGGCCGUGCUCAAAAUUGUCGCCAUUGUGAUUUGGUACUUCCCGUUUGGGAUCGUGUUCCUGGUGGCGGGCAAGAUCCUGGAAAUGAGCGACCCGUCGGCCAUGGGCAAGAAGUUGGGCUUCUACGCCGUCACGGUCGUCUUCGGCCUGGUGGUCCACGGCCUCUUCAUCCUGCCCGCCAUGUACUUCUUCAUCACCAAGAAGAGUCCCAUCGUCUACAUCCGCGGGAUCCUCCAGGCGCUGCUCAUCGCCCUGGCCACCUCGUCCAGCUCGGCCACGCUGCCUAUCACCUUCAAGUGCCUCCUGGAGAACAACCACAUCGACCGGCGCAUCAUCCGCUUCGUGCUGCCCGUGGGCGCCACCAUCAACAUGGACGGCACCGCCCUCUACGAGGCCGUGGCCGCCAUCUUCAUCGCGCAGGUCAACAACUACGAGCUGGACUUCGGCCAGAUCAUCACCAUCAGCAUCACAGCCACGGCGGCCAGCAUCGGCGCGGCGGGCAUCCCCCAGGCGGGCCUGGUUACCAUGGUGAUCGUGCUGACCUCCGUGGGCCUGCCGACGGACGACAUCAGCCUGAUCAUCGCCGUGGACUGGGCGCUAGACCGCUUCCGCACCAUGGUCAACGUCAUGGGCGACGCCCUGGCCACCGGAAUCAUGGCGCACAUCUGCAGGAAGGACUUCAUCAAGGAGGGAGACGGGGUGCCGCUCAUCUGCGAGAGCCGACCCGGUAACGUCGCGGCGCCCCCUCUGGCGAACUGUCACAACACCAACGGCAACUACCGCCUGCCGUUCAAGCACACGGCGGUCCCGCCCGAGGUGGUGCGCCUCAUGCGGCUGGAGGAGGGCGUGCGGCCGCCGCCCGACACGAGGAAGCCCCGCGUUCCUCCGCGACACCCCAAGAAGAACAAAGACCGGUUCGCGGUGGACAUGAACGGUCUGGAGACCAACGUGUGACGGUUGCAACUCGGCAUCUGCCGUUGCUGUCUUUGUUCCCGCUUCCGCGGAGGGAAGUUCAAAAGGAUGCGUGGUGUGCUCCGGGCGGACCGGAGCCACAAGCAGAACCUGACGACUACUGCUGCUGCUAUGAGGACGGGAUGACUUUGUGGAUCCGUGACGGGCAAAGUCACGAGUUUGAUUCUGCCUUAAGACUACUGAAGCUGUGACGCGCUCAUCAGUCCAGUGCACUGUUGAUCUUCAACCGUCCGUCAUUGGUGAAUAAGGGAAACAAAAAGAAGAAAAGAGUGAACGUGAGUGGCGCUGUGGGUGACUGGGCAAGCCUUCCUUCCUUCCCGCCUCACACUUCUGAGGUCCCGGGUUCAAUCCCGCACUCACCCCCCCCCCCCCCCCGGUAGCUUUGCUCCCCCAUCCCCAAAACAUGCAUUCAUUGGAGACUCUAAAUUGCGUGCGAGUGCGGCUGCUUUGUUUCUAUGUGACCGGCGACCAGCUGGCGACCGGUUCAGGGUGCGCCCCGCCUCCCGCGCGAAGAUACUCGGGAUCGGCUCCAGCACGCCCGUGACCCGUGUGAGGAUAAGUAGGGUAAGUGGAUGGGUAGCUGGAACCUAACCUGGCAGAAUUGAAUCCAUCGCAAGGGGACCGAAUCGUUCAGGGGUGAUCCAGUCGGUGGCCUGAGAAUGGAACAAACUGGAUGCAUGAGACCAUUCUCAGGCGUUACCGUAAGAUGAGAGAGCGCUUCCGCGCCACCCGAGGGUCUUGCUAUGAUGUGCUGUGAUGUCCUCCGUCCUUCCAUCUCUCAGCAUUGUUGGAAAAUACUGACGCUAAUUCAAAAAAUGGACUUUGUAUCUGCAUGUCUUGAUUUUUUUUUUUUGUUAAGGUCUCGAUAUUGAAGGAGUAUGUUUGGAAGUCUAAAAAAAUAGAAACAUUGAUUAUCUGGCUCCACCUUGUCCGUUACAAUAUGAACAAAUAUUCAAUGGCUGCAUCAUUAAAAGUGAUGAAAAAUCUAGAAACGUUUAGUUUCAUGAGGUCUCCCUUCAGCGCCACCUUGAGUUCAGUGGCCGCACGCCGUGCCCAUUUUUUUUUUUUAUUUUAUUUUUACCCUGUCACACGGGCAAGGAGAGUCGCGGUCGCGGUCGCAGUUCGAGUGGGACCAACUCCGAGCAGACCUGGACUCCUCUGAUCGUCGCUUAAGUCACUCAAUACCCACGUAAAGGCAAGAACUUAAGUGGAAAAGCGGACCAACGAAGCAGAAAAAUCCAACUUCGAAGCUGUUUCGACUGCACAGAAUGGAGCUGGCGACCUGGAGGAAUACACGGACGCUGUUGCACCUUGCAUCGUUUCUGUGAAAGUGAAAAUGUGCGUAGCGACGAAGACAUGAAGCGCGUUCAACAACGAGCCGCGCUUCACAGGAACAUUUCUGUACGUCUCCGUCUCCAAAACUCCUGAGAAGGUUGCCCGUAUCCUCCUCGCCGCCAGACGCGAGACGAGAGCAGGCGGAUUCCUCCUCUUCCUGGUCA